AUGCAUCAACAUCCGCGGCCGCCCGCUCCCGCGGCGCCGUCCUCUUCAGCCCGGCGCUCUCAGGACUACGAUCGCCGCUCCGAUUCACCCGCCUUCGACCUCAGAGCACAUCCGAACAGAGGCUUAGGCAUUGAAACUGAGAAUGAUACUUCAGAACCUGGACAAAGCUCCCAACCUGGACCGGAAGCUAUCGGCAAAGUGAACCAGAUUGUUACGAACUAUCAUACGAAGGCUGCCCUUAUCAUCUUACAUUCUCGCGUCGAGCUACCCCCCACCUAUACUAAAAAUUCCAACAUACCUCGGGUGAAUCGCUGGUUUAAUGUCGAGAUAGAAGAGACGGAUGCACUUAAGGACCAACUGAAAACCUGGAGAACGUGUGAUGCAACAGACAACCGACCGCCGCCGAUGAUAAUCGAGACGUACUUGGAUACAAAAGGGCUCACAAAUAACCAGACACUUGUUGCUUUAGACGAAAAUGGGAAACGUUGGGAUGUGUCAGAAUCACUCGCUACGUCUCAAAGCUCGCACCGAGUGAAAGCCUCUUCCGCAAAUGCAGAUGAGGUGAUCCUUGAGCGAUGGAGAGUAGAAUUGGGCGACAUGCCCGGUAAACUGCCCAGCGAUCUCGGUGCUAUCUUACCGACGGUAUACAAGAAGAGUAUCAUCCUCUUUCGGUCUCUCUUUACAUAUUCAAAGUUUCUCCCUGCCUGGAAAUUCAUUAAGCGCAAUGGACGGUCUCGGGCAAACCCCGCGCUGAGGAUCAAAUAUCGGAUAUUGAGUGGCCAAUCUCAAGAAUCAUCCAAGCCGGAUCACUUGACUAUUCCUCUGUUCGAUGGCGAUACAAAAGUGGUUGAUACAUACAGCUUUGGCGUCAACGAAUCGCCUGCUGGCCCGUUUUCCGUGCAAGUUACGUAUAGAACAAGCUGCGACUUCCGUGUCGACGACUCCGAGGCUCUUCUGAGCUCCCGAUUCAUGGGGGCUGACGACGAGAUCUUCCAACCGUCGUUACCAUUCCGUGGUCAGGAUGCGCGAGUAACAAACCCCGAAGUUGGGUCGGUGCCGCUCACGAGAAGAACUGUGGAGGAUCCUGACCUAAGUCGCGCGUACGGCAGUCUAUCGACUUUUCACCAUGUAGGUCCUACUACUGGUGCGAGUCCAAUCUCAGCGCUUCGGGCUGCAAGAGAAUCGGGGGCUUCCUCGCCAUCUCCUCCGACCUCUUCCCACCGGAACUCUUUCACCGCUGCUAGAGCUGGUCCGGUGGGACGCGCUGCCACCCUCGCAAAUGAAGCAAACCCCAACGUUGCUAGAAGGCCCUCCAUUUCGUUUCAGCCGUUCAAGGCGCCGCCGUUGUCUGCGUCGCCGUCUCUUGUUGACCCUCCACUAGGGGCUUCGCCUCGGACACUUGGCACUGGUCGAGCCUCGUUGUCCGAGUCCAGGAAUAUGCCACCGCCCUCCGUGGCCGCCUCAGCACGCAAGCCACUCGCGUCAGGUCCCGAUAAUCCUCUUCCGUCUCCAAGCUCGGCAUCUCCUCGCCCGGCACCUAUAUCGAGAUACAGUAGUGCUUUCAGCCACCGUCGAGGCAGGCCGUCUUCAGGAGGAAUCAACAGGCUUGAAGACGACACUUCCAGUGGUAAAGCCAGUGCAACAUCUUCCGGCGCUCAGCCCGGCUCUGGGCUACUUGCCGAAAUCACCGGGACUAGUGCCGAUUCAAUCCACGCGGACGAUGAAAAUAUCUCAGAGUUCUUGAAGAUGCUAGAUCUUAGAAAGGACCUGUUGAGUCCUUCGGGUGAGAACGCUGUGGACAAUCCCCGUAGGACGACGGCUACUUCUGCAGCCCUAAGCCGCUUUCGUGGCAUGCGGGAUUCCAACGCCGCCCUUUCCGAUUCAAUGUCAUCCUCGAUGCUCAUGAAUCGCUCAUCUGCCACCUCUAGCAAGCAACUCUCUGGUGUCCCGGGAAUGAUUGCCGGUACCUCCACCUCCACCGCUUCCUCCCCUGGAGGGAAAGCGAUAUCUCCCCAUACUCCCCAUACACCCGCUAUACCCUCUCGCUUGAGCUCCCACAGUAUAGUUGAUACUACCACACGCUCACAUGAAGACAACGGUUCGCCGCCAGAAGAGGAUGCCAGUGAUGAAACUACGACCGAACGUAUCCCUUCAACUGUUACUGCUAUACCUAUCCCAACAUCUCCCGCGACGAACUAUCCCACCACUUUCCGCCGUUCUAGCUCAGCUGCCAACCGUCGCAGUACUCAUGUAAUGGACGACGAUGAAAUCUUUACCAUGCGUAGCGUGAGUCUUGGGGCUGAGGAACCAUCUCAUACUGGCCUCGGAACGCUUCAACGCCAACAGGAGUAUCAAACCGCUGGUACUAAUCUAGCACCAUCUGAGUCCGGUGGGCGUACCAGUAGGGGAGACGAUGGAGACGUUUAUCGAGUCCCUGCACUACGGGAGUCUGGUGCCCAUCGUGGCGCUUCGACAUUAGGCGCAGCAGUUGCGUCGUCGCCAUCAUCAAACCAUCCCCUACACCAGCGGCGGUUUAGCCAUUCUCGUGGCCGCGGAUUCUCCGGUGGUCCUCACUCCCUCAGUUCUGGCUCCAGCAGCAUCGCACGUGGCGGGCUCAUUCCACCCUAUCUAGCGGAGCGCGAGGCUGAGCGCGAAGCCAAUCCAAGCGCAAGCAAUAGCGCCACGGAAGACCGUCGAGGAUCUGGGCGAAGAUCUAGCGCGGGACGCCAGCAUAUCCCGCCGACCACCCAGGUCGAAGAAGACGAGCCUUUGCUAUUCGCCAUGAGUGAUUUCGGUGCAUCGCGACGAAGCUUCGAGGAAGGCCGUCAAGGCAAUCACGGACCAGAUUCGAGUGGAAACACCAACACCAGACGAGGCAAUGGGAAGCGAGGCGGGCUCUCUGGCUUCCACCUCUGGCCUUGA